AGUGCCUGCUGAAGAAUGUGAUGGGAUCAGUAGCAUGUCUGCGGAGAGCGGCCCUGGGACAAGAUUGAGAAAUCUGCCAGUAAUGGGGGAUGGACUAGAAACCUCCCAAAUGUCUACAACGCAGGCCCAGGCCCAACCCCAGCCAGCCAACGCAGCCAGCACCAACCCCCCACCCCCGGAAACCUCCAACCCCAACAAGCCCAAGAGACAGACCAACCAACUGCAAUAUUUGCUUAGAGUGGUGCUCAAGACACUAUGGAAACACCAGUUUGCGUGGCCUUUCCAGCAGCCUGUGGACGCUGUCAAGCUAAACCUCCCUGAUUACUAUAAGAUCAUUAAAACACCUAUGGAUAUGGGAACAAUAAAGAAGCGCUUGGAAAACAACUAUUACUGGAAUGCUCAGGAAUGUAUCCAGGACUUCAACACUAUGUUUACAAACUGUUACAUCUACAACAAGCCUGGAGAUGACAUCGUCUUAAUGGCAGAAGCGUUGGAGAAGCUCUUCUUGCAGAAAAUCAAUGAACUUCCCACAGAAGAAACUGAGAUCAUGAUAGUCCAGGCGAAAGGAAGAGGACGAGGGAGAAAAGAAGCAGGGACAGCAAAGCCUGGUGUCUCCACGGUACCAAACACAACUCAAGCAUCAACUCCUCCACAGACCCAGACCACUCAGCAGAAUCCUCCACCUGUGCAGGCCACGCCUCACCCCUUCCCUGCUGUCACCCCUGACCUCAUUGUUCAGACACCUGUCAUGACAGUGGUGCCUCCCCAGCCACUGCAGACUCCCCCACCGGUGCCCCCUCAGCCACCACCCCCACCCGCUCCCACCCCGCAGCCUGUGCAGAGCCACCCACCCAUCAUCGCAGCCACCCCGCAGCCUGUGAAGACAAAGAAGGGGGUGAAGAGGAAAGCAGACACCACCACCCCCACCACCAUUGACUCCAUUCAUGAGCCACCCUCACUGGCCCCAGAGCCCAAGACUGCCAAGCUGGGCCCCCCCCGGCGGGAGAGCACCCGGCCUGUAAAGCCUCCAAAGAAGGAUGUGCCUGACUCACAGCAGCACCCAGUGCCAGAGAAAAGCAACAAGGUCUCGGAACAGCUCAAGUGCUGCAGCGGCAUUCUCAAGGAGAUGUUCGCCAAGAAGCACGCCGCCUAUGCUUGGCCUUUCUACAAGCCGGUGGAUGUGGAGGCGCUAGGCCUGCACGACUACUGUGACAUCAUCAAGCACCCUAUGGACAUGAGCACAAUCAAGUCGAAGCUAGAGUCCCGUGAGUACCGAGAUGCUCAGGAAUUUGGUGCAGAUGUCCGAUUGAUGUUCUCCAACUGCUAUAAGUAUAACCCUCCUGACCAUGAGGUGGUAGCUAUGGCCCGGAAGCUCCAGGAUGUGUUUGAGAUGCGCUUUGCCAAGAUGCCAGAUGAGCCUGAGGAGCCUGUGGUGGCUGUGUCCUCCCCAGUGGUGCCACCCCCCACCAAAGUGGUGCCCCCUGCUUCAUCCAGUGACAGCAGUAGUGACAGUUCUUCAGACAGUGACAGCUCCACUGAUGACUCAGAGGAAGAGCGAGCUCAGCGGCUGGCAGAACUCCAGGAGCAGCUCAAAGCCGUGCACGAGCAGCUUGCAGCCCUCUCGCAGCCCCAGCAGAACAAACCAAAGAAAAAGGAAAAAGACAAGAAGGAAAAGAAAAAGGAAAAGCACAAAAAGAAAGAGGAGGUGGAGGAGAAUAAGAAAAGCAAAGCCAAGGAACUUCCUCCCAAAAAGACAAAGAAAAACAACAGCAACAGUAAUGUGAGCAAGAAGGAGCCAGCGCCCAUGAAGAGCAAACCCCUUCCCACGUAUGAGUCAGAAGAAGAGGACAAAUGCAAGCCUAUGUCAUAUGAGGAGAAGCGGCAGCUCAGCUUGGACAUCAACAAACUCCCCGGCGAGAAGUUAGGGCGAGUGGUACACAUCAUCCAGUCUCGGGAGCCUUCACUUAAGAACUCCAAUCCUGAUGAGAUAGAGAUUGACUUUGAGACCCUGAAGCCGUCCACAUUGCGCGAGUUGGAGCGCUAUGUCACCUCCUGUUUGCGGAAGAAAAGAAAACCUCAAGCUGAGAAAGUCGAUGUGAUUGCUGGCUCCUCCAAGAUGAAAGGUUUCUCAUCCUCCGAGUCAGAGAGCACCAGUGAGUCCAGCUCCUCUGACAGUGAAGACUCUGAAACAGAGAUGGCUCCGAAGUCAAAAAAGAAGGGGCAUCCUGGGAGGGAUCAGAAGAAGCACCAUCACCACCACCAUCAGCAGAUGCAGCCAGCCCCAGCUCCUGUGCCCCAACAGCAACCCCCGCCUCCCCAGCAGCCUCCGCCACCCCCACAACAACAGCAGCAGCAGCAGCAACAGCAACCCCCACCCCCGCAGCCCCCCCCUUCUAUGCCACAACAGGCAGCCCCAGCGCUGAAGUCCUCGCCCCCGCCCUUCAUCACUGCCCAGGUGCCAGUCCUGGAGCCUCAGCUCCCAGGCAGUGUCUUCGACCCCAUCGGCCACUUCACCCAGCCCAUCCUGCACCUGCAGCAGCCUGAGCUGCCCCCUCACCUGCCCCAGCCGCCUGAGCACAGCACUCCGCCCCAUCUCAACCAGCACACCGUGGUCUCUCCUCCAGCUUUGCACAAUGCGCUGCCCCAGCAGCCAUCUCGGCCCAGCAACCGAGCUGCUGCCCUGCCCCCUAAACCUACCCGGCCCCCCACUGUAUCCCCGGCCCUGGCCCAGCCACCUCUGCUCCCACAACCCCCCAUGGCUCAACCCCCCCAGGUGCUGCUGGAGGACGAAGAGCCACCUGCCCCGCCCCUUACCUCCAUGCAGAUACCCCCACCACAGCCUGCCAAACCUCAGCAAGUCAUCCAGCAUCACCCUUCACCCCGGCACCACAAGUCAGAUCCGUACUCAGCAGGUCACCUCCGUGAAGCCCCCUCCCCGCUUAUGAUACAUUCCCCUCAGAUGCCACAGUUCCAGACCCUGACCCACCAGUCUCCACCCCAGCAAAACGUCCAGCCUAAGAAGCAGGAGCUACGCCCACCCUCGGUGGUCCAGCCCCAGCCCCUGGUGGUGGUGAAAGAGGAGAAGAUCCACUCACCCAUCAUCCGCAGUGAGCCCUUCAGCCCCUCGCUGCGGUCGGAGCCCCCCAAGCAUGCUGAGAGCAUCAAGGCCCCAGUCCACCUGCCCCAGCGGCCUGAGAUGAAGCCUGUGGAUGUCGGGAGGCCUGUCAUUCGGCCCCCUGAGCCGAAUGCACCCCCUCCAGGGGCUCCUGACAAAGACAAGCAGAAACAGGAGCCGAAGACACCAGUGGCACCCAAAAAGGACCUAAAAAUCAAGAACAUGGGCUCCUGGGCCAGCCUGGUACAGAAGCAUCCAACCACCCCGUCCUCCACAGCCAAGUCAUCCAGUGACAGCUUCGAGCAGUUCCGUCGUGCAGCUCGGGAGAAGGAGGAGCGAGAAAAGGCCUUGAAGGCUCAGGCUGAGCACGCGGAGAAGGAGAAGGAGCGGUUGCGGCAAGAGCGCCUGAGGAGCCGAGAGGAUGAGGAUGCACUAGAGCAGGCUCGGCGGGCCCAUGAGGAGGCACGCAGGCGCCAGGAGCAGCAGCAGCAGCAGCAGCGACAGGAGCAGCAGCAACAGCAACAGCAGCAGCAGGCGGCCGCCGUGGCCGCAGCUGCCGCCCCCCAGGCCCAGAGCUCCCAGCCCCAGUCCAUGCUAGACCAGCAGAGGGAGUUGGCCCGGAAGCGGGAGCAGGAGCGAAGGCGCCGGGAGGCCAUGGCAGCUACGAUUGACAUGAAUUUCCAGAGUGAUCUUUUGUCAAUAUUUGAAGAAAAUCUUUUUUGAGAGCACCUAGGUGACUUCUGACUUUGAUUUUCUGGCAAAACAUUGACUCUCCAUAGUGUUAGGGGCAGCAGUGGAGGCGGUAGCAGUGGCCAGGGGUGUCUCUGGGCCUGGCCCUCCUGCAUGCUAUGCCCGGGGCAGGCCUGACGGGCAGCUGAGGAUCGCAGAGCCCCAUCUGCCUUACAGCCAGCUGGACGGAUGUCCUGCCACCCUCCACCUCCUCACAGGACGUCGGCUCAGAGCACGCCUCGAUUCCAGCAAGUGCCGGCUGGACCCAAGGCCCGCAUCCCCAUGUGUGGGGAAGAGGCCCUUUUCUCCGCCAAAUGUCUACACAGUAUACACAGGACAUUGUUGCUGCCGCCACCGUGACUGGUUUUCUGUCCCUGAGAACGUGACGUUUGUGACGUCCUGCCCGUUGGGAGUCCUCCACACCCCAGCCAUCGCCACCCGCUCCCAGAAGGCCAGGGCAGGCCCACGUGGGCGGGAGCAGGCGAGGGCACCGGCAUACCCCGUUGCUGGCACUGACUUUGCCUUGAACAGACCCCCCUUCUCCCCUCCCCACAAGCCUUUAAUCGAGAGCCGCUCUCUAUAAGUGUUCGCUUGUGCAAAAGGGAAUAGUGCUGUGGAGGUGUGUGUGUGUCCAUGGCAACUCAAAUCGAGGUGACCGUCCCGCAUGUGUGGGCGGGCCUUGCCCGGGGUGAGGCCACCAACCAAAGUCAGUCCUUCCCACCUGUGUUUUGUUUUUUUGGUUUUUUUUUUCUAUAUAUAUAUUUUUUUUGAAUUCUAUUUUAUUUUUAAUUCUCUCUUCUCCAGACACAAUGGCACUGCUUAUUUCCGAAAUGGUGUGAUCGUCUCCUCAUUGAGCGGCGGCUCCCACCGCGCUGUGGGUAGUGUGUGACCGUGGCUGUACUGUAUAGUGAACAUAGUUGGCAUAUCUUUGAAGUUUGUUGGUGACUCCACCAAACUGGUGUAAAAGAAUUUUUUUUUUUCAAAAAAAUCCACACAAAAAAAAUUAAAACAAAAAAAAUCAUGUACGUUUUACUCUCAUUUCAAACUUUAUUAGUCUUUUUAACUAUAAAUCCAGAAAGCUACAAUUUUUUUUCCUUUCCCUCAUUGCCCACUUGUUGGCUUUUUUUUUUUAACAUCAAAUCUUUUAGUUUUUUACCACAAAAGGAAGGGCCUGGGGACAGGUAGGCCCCAGUAUUGAUCGGGGGUGCCACAAACUGAAGCAGAGGCUCCCCCACCCAGCACCCAGUCCCAACAGCUGGCUGCUCCUUCCCACACCUUUUUCUUUUUUUCUUCUUCUUUUUUAUAAUUGGAGCCCUUGGUGAGGUUACGUGUGCCAUGAGAACCCACUCUACACCACAACGCUGGUGCCUCAGUGUUGGCCAAACUCUGGAGUCACUGACUGGUUUGACUUUCAUACGGUGAAUAUGCAUUUGGUCUGUACUGAUCAUGGAAUAAACACAUCUCUCUUUUUUAA